AGACGGAGGACGGAUGGAAGCGGAUGGCAGGAUCGAGUCGUAUCAACAGGGUCUUAGAAGAGGUUACGGGAUUGGGAGGUCAAGGAAUGGGACCGUAAUCAGGGAGCAAGAUGUCAAAUAUCAUCAACACGAAUCGCAACGUCACCAGCGGCCACAUCUCGGAAACGUAAGUUUCAGAUUCCCCUGUGGCCUGGAGAUGGUGUUGCCAGAGCUCCACUGCCGGGCCUGAACUUGAUAUCGCCCGCUUGCAAAACGAAGUUCCUGGCCCUAACGCCCUGCGCUUCAUUCUCCCACAUCCCCACUGCCAGGCCUGAUCUGGACUGAUCUGGACCAACCAGGUGCAGCAAUCACAACGGCCCCGCGCUCCAUGUUGCCAGAACUUCAUUGCCGGGCGCAGUGGAGAGGACAGGAUUAAAAGCCCGCACGUCAUCGGCGUUGAGAUGGUAAUCGUCAAGGCUGCCGCACGGACACACACACACACACCAUCUUCUGUCAAACUUGCUGUUGGGAUUCCUCCCGGAGUUCUGUUUUGGCCGCCGGCGCGGUGACGCUCGGCCCGGCAGCGCGCCUGCCUUGGGCACGAGGCAGGCUCCGCCCCAAACGGCCAAAGCCGUUUUGGCCGCGCGAUGUGCCGCACCUGCUCCCCUCCUUGCGGGCGGCCAGCACCACGACGGCCUCUGGACCCCCCACGACGCCGACCUGGACGAGGAGGAGGAGUGUAGAAGGGAAGAGGAGGAGGAGGAGGAGGAGGAGGAGGAGGAGUUGCCUCAGCGUUUCCUGACGCCCACAGUCGGGUGGAACGCUCAAGCUCGGCAGGGGGGAUGGCGGAGGGCCUCCUCACGCCUCCGCGGCCGCCACCGAGACCCGUCGAUUGGGGUGCAAACCCCUCUGGAUCCGCGCAAGGUUCUCGCGGCCCUUCCGAGUCUCUCCCCCGCAAGCCCCUGAGAGGUUGCACGGGUUGAUGGUGGCGGUGCGCCCGCACCGAGCACAAAAGACCAAGCCGGGGCGGGACCACAGCUGCAAAGAAUGGGACUCGUGCAGCCUCUUUCAUCUCUACCCAACUCUCCCCGCCCGCCCCACGAAUGAUGACAGCAGGGUGCCUGUCGGGACGCCCUGCCAAGGCGAAUGAUGACAGCAGGGUGCCUGUCGGGACGCCCUGCCACCGCGUGGCAGGCGGUGGCGCGUUCGGCCUCAAGCGUGCUGGCAGCCACGAGCUUGUGGUACAGCGCGCAGGCCCACUGUCGCCCCGCCCGGACCAGAAGAGUGAGCGGAUGACGACGGAACCUUCUGGAGAGCGGGCUCGGGGGGACGGAGGGGGACGGAGGGGGACGGAGGAGGACGGAGGGGGACGGAGGAGGAGGAGGAGGAGGAGGAGGAGGAGGAGGAGGAGGAGGAGGAGGAGGAGGAGGAGGAGGAGGAGGAGGAGUUUCCUCAGCGUUUCCUGACGCCCACAGUCGGGUGGAACGCUCAAGCUCGGCAGGGGGGAUGGCGGAGGGCCUCCUCACGCUUCCGCGGCCGCCGCCGAGACCCGUCGAUUGGGGUGCAAACCCCUCUGGAUCCGCGCAAGGUUCUCGCGGCCCUUCAGAGUCUCUCCCCCGCAAGCCCCUGAGAGGUUGCACGGGUUGAUGGUGGCGGUGCGCCCGCAUCGAGCACAAAAGAUCAAGCCAGGGCGGGGCCACAGCUGCAAAGAAUGGGACUCGUGCAGCCUCUUUCAUCUCUACCCAACUCUCCCCGCCCGCCCCACGAAUGAUGACAGCAGGGUGCCUGUCGGGACGCCCUGCCACCGCGUGGCAGGCGGUGGCGCGUUCGACCUCGAGCGUGCUGGCAGCCACGAGGAGAACGAGGAGGACGACAAGGAGAACGAGGACGACGACGACGACGACGACGACGAGGACGAGGAGGGAGAGGGCGGCCGGAGGCAGCUUCUGUGCCCCCCGGGGCCCCUCGGAGCCGCUGCGUGCAGCUCGGCCGACCGGCGCGGCGACGCCAUCAAACCGCCAGGCCGCUGGACUUCGUCGUCGUCGUCGAGUGAGACGAAGAGGAACGAGAGGAGAAAGAGGAAGAGCAGGACGUUAGGGCAUGUACCCAGACCGCUUUCGCCAGUGCGCAGCGUACAGCGAAGGGUUAAAAGCGAAACGAAUUCAACUGUUUAAAAUCUGCGUUUAAACAGUCGAUCCUCUCAGUGAGGCCGUCCUUUGCGGAUCCGACUGAAUAUACAGGUUAAAUUAGCCAUGCAAACAACUGCUCAAUGUUUAUCCCAGCUGAUCCUCUCAGUGAGGCCGGACUUUGCGCCUCCAGCUGGUUUAAACACAAAAGUUGAACAGAUGUUUAGCUGCACGCUGCCAAGCUGCUGGGAGGAUGUGGAAAGGAGAGAAAACAGGUUACCUCGCAUGCGACAUCACCUACCGUUUAGCGCCUGGCCCGCGAGCGCGAACAUCUUGUCUACCUGUUUAGCGGCGGUCGCGGGCGCGUGAGCGCACUUCCAAGGCUUUCGCAGAUCCAAUCAUAACUGUCACUGUAACGGCGCGGGAUGGAAAGCUGCAGUCCUACAAAAAAACACUCGUACAGAGGAGACACAAUGGCCAACCCAGAGGCAAAACGCGCAUAUAAUAUGUGAGCCACUGGCAGAGUAGCAGCUCAUGGCAGCAGCCUCGCAGUGCACCGUGCACCGCUAAGGUUGCACUUAGAAGAAAGGACGGGGCUGAGAGAAGACAUGGAACAGGAGGAACCCAGAAGCCUCCAUGUAGGCUCGACUGCCCGAGGCGCGAGCCUGGCAAUGCAGUCGCUCCCGAUGGAGCACAGGCCCAAGAAGACACGAACGCAAAGCUAGGUAACUAUGGCUGCGGUGGCAGCCUGGUGCUCGAUAGAGCAGCAGCUUAAUUCAUAGUGCUCCGGAAGCCUCGGAAAAAUGGGACGCUGCACAAAGCGAAAUCACUUGUCACUGCAGGCGCAACAAGGAUCCGAGCACAGAGCAAGCUUCUCAAACGCAGAGGCGAAAACUUAAUGACCAUGCUGCGAAGGAGUGGUGCUGCAGCAUUUGCAGCCACCGUGCGGAGUAGG